AUGUCAUCGUCUGUUCAUUUCAAAUUCAAGUCCCAGAAAGAACCAUCAAGGGUCACCUUUGAUGGCACUGGUAUCUCAGUCUUUGAACUCAAAAGAGAGAUUAUCAGUCAAAGUAGAUUGGGCGAUGGGAGUGACUUUGAGCUAUCAAUCUACAACGAGGACACUAGAGAGGAAUAUGACGAUGAUACUACUAUCAUUCCUCGAUCAACCUCGGUCAUUGCUCGCAGAUUGCCCGCAGCACGCCCUGGUAAGGGUGGUGCCGCUCGUUAUGUCUCUGGCAAGAUGCCAGUGAACGCCCGUGGACCCUCUCGCACCGAACCUUCAAUGAGCCGCGUGAGACCUGGAAUAGGACAAUCUGUGAAUAGCAAUGUUCUUGAACUCAACAAUGCGCAAACAGAAGAGGAGAAGAUCAAUGCCCUGUUCAAUCUGCAGGCUAGUCAAUGGCAGGAACAACAGCAGGAAAUGGCAAACGCGACACCCGUCUCCUUCGGGCGUGGCAGGGGAAAACCUGUCAAUGUACCCGAUCAUCCUCCGCCUCCCGGCUAUCUUUGCUAUCGUUGCCGGGAAAAAGGCCACUGGAUUCAAGCAUGCCCGACGAAUGAUGAUCCUAAGUUCGAUGGUAAAUACCGAGUUAAGCGAUCAACUGGCAUACCACGUUCGCUCCAAACCAAAGUCGACAAACCAGAAUCCUUAGCCCCCGAUGGCUCCACCGAAGAUUCAAGAAAUACAGGGGUUAUGGUAAACGCGGAUGGUGACUUUGUCAUUGCAAAGCCAGACAAGGCAGCUUGGGAACUGUACCAGGAAAAGGCCAAGGCGUCGGCAGCAGCGGCAGCCGAAGCAAUAGCAGCAGAGGAGAGCAAAGCGUUACAAGCUCGAGGUCUGGAAUGCCCAAUUGACAAAAGGAUGUUUUUAGAGCCAACUAAGACACCAUGUUGCCAAAGGACAUAUUGCAAUGAUUGUAUUUCAAAUGCUCUGAUUGAAAGUGACUUUGUUUGCCCUGGAUGUGCCACAGAGGGUGUCUUACUUGAUAACCUCACUCUCGAUGAGGAAGCUGCGUCCAAAAUUAAGGUUUAUGAAGCUGAUAAGGCCGAGGCCAAGAAAGAGAAGGAGAAGAAUCUUGCCGGCCCAGAUGAUACACCUGUUCCCGAAGUCUCCGAAACCGAGCCCAGCGACCUUUCCACCAACAGAGAACCGGGCCCGUCCGAUCAAGUUCCAGAAACUACGCUCACACAGUCCAAGAAAAGACCUGCCGAAGAUGAGCCUGCCAGUCGGGAUGAGACUGGAAGCUCCGACCUAGGUAACGUGGCUAAGAAACCGAAGGCCGAUUCGAAUGGUCAGUGCGACGCCCCAGCCCACAAUAACAGCGCUCAAGAUGGCGCGCCAGUUAUCCCACCGGCAGAGUUCAAUAAUCAGGAUAUGCCCUUCAAUGGGUUUGGGCCAAUGCCUGGCAUGCCUAUGAUGCCUUUCUCGGCGCCUGGAUUUGGCAACGAAGCCAUGAGCUUCAUGAAUCCUAUGGCGAUGGCGUCCGCUGGUGGCUUCCCCCAUGCCAUGGGCCCAGGAUGGAAUCCCAUGAGCAUGCCAUUCAAUCCCCUCCAAGCUGGAUUGUUUGACCAGAACAAUGGAGGCAUGUCCAACGGAUUUCCUAAUAUGUUUAACGGAGAUCCUUCGAUGAUGUUUCCCAUGUCCCAAAACGGGUUUCAAGGACCAGGCCCUGGGAUGAACAAUUUCUCAAAUCAGCAACGGACAACUUUCAGCACACCAUACUCCCGGGAGGAAGAUUCACCGUAUUUCCGCCAGCCUGUGAAUCCGCAGCGUCACCAGGCUCGAAACCGACGAGUUCGGCCUAGUGAUUACCGGGAGCUUUGA